AUGACUCUGUUAGCGGCACCAAGCGUGUUGGCGGCGACAUACACCGUCGGAGAUAACACAGGAUGGGCUACUCCGAUCAGUGGUGAUCCUUAUGCCACUUGGGCUUCACAACAAACUUUUGUUGUUGGUGAUGUUUUAGUAUUCAGUUUCACCACUGGCAGCCAUACGGUGGCUAAUGUUACAAAAUCUUCAUUCGACGGAUGCAACACUGCAAAUACUCUUUCCGUCGAAACAAAUGGGCCGGCAAGAUUUACCAUCGAUACAGCCGGCUCACACUACUUUAUUUGCACCCUACUAAACCAUUGUACACUUAACCAAAAGUUGGCAAUCACUACCAAUGCCAACACCAACACCAACACCACCACUGGCAACGCUCCUUCACCAGGGUCACCUCCUGGCGCACCUUCACCCUUUUCACCGCCAAGGGAUCGUGGAUCUAAUGAUGCACCUGCCAUGGCGGCUACCGGAACUUUAUCACUCGUGUUUAUAGGAUUGUUGGUGUAUUUGAACUAG